AUGUCGACAUUUCAAGGGAAAGUAGCAUUCAUCACAGGAGCAUCAAGAGGCAUUGGUGCUGCUAUUGCACGAGAGCUUGCAAGAAAGGGUGCUAACGUUGUUCUUGCUGCCAAGAGUAUCGAAAAACACAAGGUUUUGCCAGGCACAAUUCUUUCAGUGGCCGAAGAGAUUCGCGAAAUUGCUGACCGACACCAAAAUGGUGCAAAGGCUCUGCCACUCCAGCUAGAUGUGCGCGAUGCAAAUGGCGUGGAAGAAGCUAUCAAAGCGACUUCGGGUACAUUUGGUCAUUUGGAUAUUGUGGUGAACAAUGCUUCAGCCAUCAACCUUUCUCCUACCACAGAGGUGGCUCCAAAGGUCUACGACCUCGUGAACAACAUCAAUGCGCGCGGUACAUGGCUCGUUUCGCGAUUUGCUUUCCCCUACCUCAUUGAAUCAGCCAGAUCUUCUCGCAAUCCCCACAUUGUUACCCUGUCUCCACCUCUGAAUCAGAGCAUGUUCGACCCGAAGCAGACGCCUAUGAAGGUAUUUGCGGAUACACGUGCGCUAUACGCGAUGUCGAAGUUUGCCAUGUCGACGGCUGCAUAUGCUUUCGCAGCAGAGGGUGCCGAGUAUGGUAUCGCUAGCAACACUUUGUGGCCAUACACGAUGAUUGGUACAAGUGCUAUGCGUAUCGUGAACCCAAAUGAGGGAGCAGAGCGGAGCUGGCGCAGCCCUCGUAUUGUAGCAGAUGCGGCUGUACGAAUUCUCGAAGAAGAUGCGAGGGUCUUUACAGGACGGUUUCUCAUCGAUGAGCUGUAUCUUCGUCAAUCUCAUCAGUUCUCUAAUGAUUUGAUCUCGGCCUACUCAUUGGGAGGUAAAGACACACCAUUCAAGGAUCUUGCUGAAGACCUUUAUAUAACACCUGAGGUGCGCAAGGCUGUGCAGUCGUACUACAAGUAG